UACUACCAACAGAUCAUUCACUCACUGGCACUACAACUCCAUCAUCAAGCGGCUGUCCAAGCUCUGCUUGUCCAGGAGUGCAGGUGUGGUUUUCAGGUCGAGAUACGAUACGAGCGUAGCUUUGUUUUCUUGUCCAUCGCCAAGCUAGGAACUGGUCGCGUCCGCAAACUGACUUUGACCGGGAGCAGUAUUCCUUCAGGACUGGUUUGCGGUGCUGGCGCAAGCAUGGCUUCACGAACGCCGAGAAGGCGUAACGUACAGGUCGACGUGUCCGUACCUCGCCGUAGCCCGCGCACAGCCCCGAUGAGCAUCAGCGGACUGCAUCCGGCCACACCAGUCGACUCCACUCUCAUGACGCGUACAGAAUUUCAGAUUCUCACGCGCAGCGGCGGCGUCGGCGGCAUUGGAACAGACGAGUUAUCGUCGGCGUACCGGCAUGCACUGGACGAUUCGGAAAACGACGACACUCACUCGUCCGUCGUGUCUGCAAGUCCAGUGGCGGGCCACCGCAGGACCCCGCAGAAGAAACGCAUAACGGCCAAGGCGACGGUAACUUCGUCAACGCGUCGUUCAACGCGACGGAAGGCUGCCGCUCUGGACUUAUCGGAUGAAGAAGUCGACGUCGGUUCCGCUUCGGAUGCUGGUUUGUCAUCGCAUGGUUCCUCCUCGAACCCCUGGCCAUACCAGGGUAGCGAUGAGGAGACACGUGACCAGUCGCACCUUGCUCCACCGCCGUCUGCUGCAAGGCACCCAUCGGAACUGCCCCCGCCGCUCAGCCCAAUCCUGGAAGAAAGUCCACGGACGAAUGCCGGCGCUUCCCGGGCUAACCUGUCGGCCACGCGUAUCGACUGGGAUGUCGGUGCCAAACCUCGUUCUCUCGGUCAUCGUUUGUCAUCAGCUUUGUCCCAUCUCUGGUGGCUUGCCGGGUCGCGUCUCUAUCUCCUUUCUUCCGCCAUUCUCUGCUGGGAUGUAUGGCUCAUUGUCAGUGCCCAGCACAUGGCGCGGUGCAUUAUGCCCUCGUUCUUUAUGGGCAGCGCCUCAUCCUCCUUCUCUUCAUCUUCAUCAGCAACAGUUGUGUCGCCAGUGGCAAAACAACCGGCUAAGUCUCAUGCGCCACCAGCAGCAGCAGCAACAGCAGCAUCGCCAUCAUCACAGCCACGGAGAGGGGGAUCUUCGGCGAAGCAGAUGUCUGCGUCACUUUCGUUUGCGAUAUUGGUUCUGGCCGCAUUGUUCAUCUUCAUUCUCGGCAUCGCAUUCUUGUCACGCGUAGAGAAAUCAGCAACUCCAACGACACAAGCACCAGCUGUUUCUGAAGACCUUGUUCAGGACAGCAUCGCCAAUCUCUCAACAUCAAAUGUCAGCGAAGCAGAGCUGCGCAGGAUCAUCACCAGCGUAAUGAAUGCACAGCUACGCGAACACUCACAGCAGGUUGAUCAACGCAUCCAGUCUAGUCAUAAAGAACUGUUGUCUGAUGUUGAGGAAGCUGUGAUGAAAGUGCUGACACAACCAACUACUCGGGCACAUCAACAUUGGGACAAGCGUCUCUCUUCCACUAUUGAUAGCAAGUCGACAGAGGUCAAGGCACAGUUGAAGGAUCAUGUGACCACUCAGCAGAGUGCGGCCGUUGAUCGUCAUGACAAUCACCUAAAGCAGGAGCUGGAAAAGCUGCAAGCCAGUAUCAAGCAACAGCUUGCUGACAAGGACACCCGUCAGGCACAGCUUUCCGAUCGUCUCGCCACGUUGAGCACCAGUCAGACAUCACUAGAUGCGCAGAUAGCAAGCGUGGAGAAGCGUUUACUUGACAAGAUCUCACAGGAAACCGCCGCCGCUGCUGCUGCUGCUGCUGCUGCUGCUACACCAACGGCAUCCACCACCGAAUACAGCUCUGGUGUGUCGGAGGAAGUUGUUCAGCAAAAGGUUGAUGCCAUUGAGGCUACGCUGCGGGAUAGGCUGGAUGCCGUCGAGAAACUGUUGAAGGUUGUUGAAUCUGAACAGAAGGAAUCAUCAUCUCAGAUUUCCGACAAAGUCUCUGAGCAAUCGCUUACUGACCUGACGUCUCAGAUUACAAACUUGCAAACUUCUCAGCAGCAGAACGCCGAGCAAGUAACGAGCGACACCGCUCAGCUUCGUGCCAGUCUUCUCAGCAAAGAUGACGUGGCGGCCAUUGCUGCAGCUGUUGUGAAGCGCUUGGCGACGGACGAGGCUGAGUUUGGCGACGUUCACGAAUGGCUGGACAAGCGCUAUGCGACCGCGUCCGCCUCGCUCUGCUCUUCCAUUCCGGACUGCAAGCAACAACUGUUGGACCUGUUGUCUUCAGAUUUCCGGGACCUGGUCAAGCAAGAGGUUGCCACACUGCCAGUGACUGCCGCUGCACAAGAGAAGCCUGGUCAAGCAGUGCGUGAAGCAAGUAAAGAUGGCCUUACUCGUGACGACGUAUCUGAGAUGAUAACAACGUCCAUCGACGAGUAUGCAGCCGAUCGUAUUGGUCGCUAUGACUACGCCAUGGAAGCACAGGGUGGCCAAGUGUUCAUUGAAGGAACAUCGCCGUCAUUUGAUCCCGGUGUGCGCAUGAAGUUGCUCGGAUUCAGUCUCUUCUCAUUGUCCUAUCCGCCACGUCUGGCUAUCUCGCCGGAAAUCCUGCCCGGCAACUGCUGGCCCCUGAGUGGAACGAGCGGCCACAUCACUCUGAUCCUGUCGGCUGACAUCCGCGUCACACACGUAUCCGUCGAUCACAUACCAGCCUCACUGACCACCGAUGGCAAACGUACCUCCGCUCCCCGGGCAUUCUCUGUUGUCGCUCUUUCUGAGCAGACCAGUGUUGAUGGUGACUCAUUGGGUGACUUUGAGUACAAGCUGGACGGUCCGUCUGUUCAGACAUUCCCCGUACAGUCGUCUCCAAAUGUCGUGCGCUACGUGCGCUUCAACGUCACGUCCAAUCACGGUCACUCAGACUACACGUGCCUGUACCGUCUGAGAGUGCACGGAGACCUCUCGGAGCCGCAGGUAGCCGUCUAGACUGCACCAGCGCACACACACUCCCUCUCUCUCCCUCUCGCCAUCACCCAAUCAGCAACACAGCAAGUGUGUGAUAGCCGAGACAUUAUAUUUUGUGAUAUGGGACUUUUCAGUUUAGCCAUUGAUCAAGGCUGCCAGGCAACCUCUACUGCUUGACUGGAGUGCGUGCAAUUUGAGUAGCAGACACUCGAGUAUUGGCUGAUGGACACUCGGGUCUUGGCUGAUGGACGAUCCAAUGUGUUGGUGUUGUAUUGACAUCACGCACGUAUGUGUGUGUUGGUUGGUGACUCGUAUUGGCAACUGAUUCCGUUUGUUCGCGUGCAGAAGACGUUACGAUACAUGCUGUCCGUAGCUGCUAGCAAUGUGUGCUGCAACCGAAGCUACGAGCAUGCGUCUGUCGUGUGUCUGUGCACUUGCAUCGAUUGCCGUGAGGGACCGUUACACCGUAGCCACCGAACCAGACUCUUAGUAUGUUUCAGUUAUUCCCGUCAGCAGCAUGGCGGUGGUGUGGUGGUGUGGUGGCGUGGUGGUGUGGUGGUGUGGUGGCGUGGUGGUGUGGUGGUGUGGUGGUGUGGUGGUGUGGUGGUGUGGUGGUGUGGUGGUGUGGUGGUGUGGUGGCGUGGUGGUGUGGUGGUGUGGUGGCGUGCUUGAUCACCGUGUACGCUAUGCUACUACGCUCACAGACCGUGCGUCCACUUUGUACUCUCUUCUAGGUGCUUUCAGCUUUGUAUCGACAAUUUUCUCACGUGUGUCUUCCUCGUUGCUCGCUCGCCCACCACUCUCUCCACUGUGUAUACGUACUGUGUCUGCUGCCAUUCUACUUGAGACUGUUACCGCAUGUCGACUUGAGGUCAUCUCUCUCGGAGAGUACAUUCUGCACUCCCUACUACACUCAUAUUACGGUCACCUCGGCCCAUCGCCGGGCACCCUGUCGUCAUGCCAUGCCGUACCUAGCGGUGGAGUAGCCGUCAUGCUCCGCCGUUUUCCUAGCUGUGCCGUUGCUGCCACAUCGCCGAGUACCCGGUGCUUGUUCUGCGUGCGGUCGGUUCCUCCUCCUAGUGGACGAUGUUAGAGUGGGUUUGAAGUUUGAACCGUCCCUGGCCACCACGUCUCACAACGGCAGUCAUGACGUCAUAUUUCCAUGUGCCUGCUCCUGCAGUCCUGCUGCUGUAUGCCUGUUCAGCAGGUAAUGAUGUCAUUUAGGACAAGGUGUUUGAUAUGAUGAUGUCAUCGGGUUGCUGUUGUAUUUCCAGCAUCGUUUGCGUCACUGGUGCAAGUGGUGAUAUGCGCGUUGUUCUGCUUAUGCAGCCGCAUGGUAUUCCGGUGGCUACAAUGACCUCAUGAUUGUGCAACACACGUUCACGAUGACCUCAUGAUUGUGCAACACAUGUUCACAGUGACCCAUCAGUGUGCUAUUUCUACUUGCGGCGGAUUCCCGGCGCCCUGCACCGCAAUGUCGCGUGGUCUUCUGUUUCUGUACGAUGUAUUCCUUGGCACCCAAUGCAUCAGGCAACACAUGCAUAUUGGUUGUCUGUGUGAGCAGUCUUGUGAUGUUUUCUAGUUUUUUUGCCAAGCUUAGCUUUUGGACGGAUGUAAUUUCAAAUAUUGAUGAUUCUAUAAUUUUCAUAAUUAUUCACGAAGGACGCCCUGCACUCGUUGUGUCCGUUAGCGUCUUGUAUGCGGCGGGUGAGUUGCUUUGGUCAUCUAGUUAAAUAGUCAGUGUUUCCUUGUGACGAGCGCGUCUUCAGCUCUGUCCGCUUGUGUCUGCGUCUCUUUACGAAAUUUGUUACUUUUCUUUCCGAGAAUCACCCGCAUUAUAUUUUCGCAUUGUCUCUAGACAACAGGGUGACGUGCAUAAUAAUUAUGUUCUUUCUUCUCCCACACCAGUUGAUAGUGUUGGCUCGUCACACCUCGA